AUUCUCCUAGGAGUCACAAUCAUGUAUGGAAUGUUAUUGGAAAGUGUUCAACAUUUUGUUCAGGAACAAUUUGGUGAUCACAUCUGGAAGAAAGCAAUUAGAGCAACUGGAGCUACAAACACUGUUUUCAACACUCAUCAGAUUUAUCCAGACAAUUUGAUGCCUGAUUUAGCAGAAGCUUUAUCUGCACUUACUGGCGAAUCAUUCGACUAUUUCAUGGAUUAUUUCGGCAAAUGUUUCGUCCGAUUCUUCACAAAUUUCGGUUAUGACAAAAUGUUGAAAGCAACCGGCAGAUAUUUCUGUGACUUUUUGCAAUCGGUCGACAAUAUUCAUUUACAGAUGAGAUUUACUUAUCCAAAGAUGAAAAGCCCGUCGAUGCAGCUUACAGAAACUGACGAUAAUGGAGCAGUUUUGGUAUACAGAAGCAAUAGGACUGGGUUUUCAAAAUAUUUCAUGGGUUUGCUGUAUGAAAUUGCGUCAAUGUUUUAUGGUCUCGAAAACAUCGACGUUAGAGUAUUGGAAAGCAUAAAUGAUACUCCUGGCAGUACUACUGCACCGCUUCAAUUGGAGGCGAAAACGGUUACAGUAAAGUAUCGACUUGACUUCGACAAUCGAGACUAUAUGUCAAAGCGUAUCAAUUUAAAAGCACACGAGUCGCAGCUGAAUCUUGAGAAAGUCGACAGUGGGGUAUUAUUAGAAUUGUUUCCGUUUGCUCUAAUUUUGGAUCAUCAAAUGAGAAUCAAGGGAGCCGGAGAAAAAGUUUUCGAAUCAUGGAUAGUUCAAAAUCCUCAAAAGAAACCAGAAAUAUUUAUCGGUUCUGCAGUCACCGAUUGUUUUAAACUACGUCGGCCGAAGGGAAUAAACUUCAAUUGGGCUACGGUUACUCAAAUGCAUUUUGUAAUUUUUGAGUUGGAACUAAUAUGCAGCGCUGCGAAGCCUGAUACACAAAAUGUAUCGGAAACUACUUCGACGUUGGAUUUGGAACACGAAGACAAUGCUACCGAAAAGCGGAUUCUGUUGAAGGGACAAAUGAGACAUAUGACCGACAUUGACGCCAUCGUGUUUUUAUGCAGCCCAUUGAUCAAUAGUGUGGAAGAACUACACGGCAUGGGGCUAUUUUUAAAUGAUUUGAAUCCGCACGGUCUCAGUAAGGAGAUGGUAAUGGCCGGCUGGCAGCAUUGUUCUCGAUUGGAACUUGUAUUUGAAAAAGAGGAAGAGAGGUCGGACGAAUUGGAAACAUCGUUAGAGUUAGCAGACUCAUGGAAACGUCAGGGAGAUGAAUUACUUUAUUCAAUGAUUCCGCGUCCGAUCGCAGAACGGCUCAGAAAUGGUCAAAACACUUUCGAUACUUGUCAGAGCUUUGAACAAGUUUCAGUUAUUUUUGGAGAAGUUCAGGACACAACACAAACUGAAGACUCGCUUCAGGAAGCUAUGACAGCCGUAUCGACUCUUAAUGCUGCCUUUUCAGCAUUUGACGACGAAGUACAAGGUCCGAUGGUGUAUAAAGUGGAGACUGUUGGUCAUGUGUACAUGGCAGUGAGUGGAGCUCCCGAUAAAAAUCCAUUACACGCCGAACAUGCAGCAGAUUUGGCGUUGAAUAUGGUUCGACGCAUGAAGGAAUUAAAUCUUCCCAAUGUUACGGUUAAAAUUGGAAUACAUUCAGGCUCAGUCGUAGCUGGAGUGGUUGGACUGAAAGUGCCUCGAUAUUGUUUGUUUGGUGAUACAGUUAACACAGCCUCCAGAAUGGAAAGCAGUGGUCUACCAAAUAAAAUUCAAGUAUCGCAAUUUACCGCAGACAGAUUGAAAAAAGCUGGAUACAAACUCAAACAGAGAGGAUUCGUAAAAGUUAAGGGAAAAGGAGAAAUGGAAACGUUUUGGUUGGAGUCCGGUCCAGAAAAGAAAUAAUUAUUUCAUUGGCAAUCAAAUAUGUUUUGUACAAUUGGAAUUUACUCGUAUCCUUCAAUGUUUGCAACGUUUAACUUAUCAACUGGAAAUAAUAUUUCAAAUGACUUUACACUUACUCAUGCAACAUAGUUGUACCUUCAUGUAACGUGAAGUAUUAGAUUUGUCCCGAUGU